AUGAGGGAUCGGUCGACACAAACAAAGCUCUUACAGGAGCCACCAACAACGUUAGAAGAAGCAGUUUUGGUAGCACAGAGGUUUGAAGCCGCAAAUUCAAUGAUUGCAACCUUGAGAGCCGAAGCAACUACAAAUGUGGCAUGGUACACGCAAAAUAGAGCACCAAUAGGAGCAGUAAGUUCUGGUCAGCCAACAAUGACAUGCUUUGGUUGUGGUGGGUUUGGCCAUAUGGCUAAAAAUUGUCCUUCAAUUGUUGAUUUUAAACGCAGAAGUAAUGUUGAGAAAACCUGUUUUAUUUGUAGUAAACCUGGGCAUCUUGCCCGUGAUUGUUUUCAUGGUGGCUCACGUCAAAAGUUGCACGUUCAAAAUGCCCCACCCCGUCAGCCUCCAACAUGUUUUCAUUGCGGUUGUAUAGAUCAUAUCUCAAGGUACUGCCAAGAAAAACAAGAAUUACCAAAAGAGGCUGUGGGGCAGAGGCAAGGCAAACAUUUUGGUCAAAAUGACAAAAACAAGAUUGAGAAGGAAUAUAAAAUCAGGUUAACUGCUGUUUCACCUUUGCAUCAAAGAAAAGUACUUUUAGUCGAGGCUAAAAUAAAUGGACAAAGCAAACUUUGUAUUGUUGAAACAGGAGCCUCAAUAUAUUUGAUAAGUAAAGAUGUAUGGGAGUCUUUGAAAUCUAAUGAUGCGCCAAUUGGCAUACUUGGUAAAGUUAACUUAUUGCUUGAGCUUAAUGAGGCACACAAAACGCAUCAGGAGUUUUACGUUGCAAAUGAAGUAAUUUCUGAAGUUAUAUUGGGUUUAGAUUGGCUCAUAAACAAUAAAGUAACCAUCCAUACAGCCAAUCUUUUAUUGAAAUUUCCAGAUUUAACUCAUCAACCGUUGACAAUUUAUGACGCAUCUUUGAAAGACCCUUUUUUUUGGUGCUACAAAACUUGUAAAUAG